AUCGGACAUUCUGUCUUCUCGGGGGCUUGAGUCUUGUCCUGGCUGGAGAUGACCUCCUUUUUGACCUUGCUGACAGAAGUCUCGUUAGCACUCUAGAGGAGGUUUCAUCCCACAGCUGCCCUCCCACCUCCCUCCUGUCAUUGGAAGGAAGCUGCUUGUGUCUACCCAUCCUCAUCUUCUCUUGUGAUUUCACUCUCUGAUGUCUAAUACCCACAACUCCCCUGACUUGAAGAAUCUCCAUUAGGCCCUGCACCUUCCUUUAAUCCACAUUGACUGUUCUUCCUUUGAGUUCUAGAUUUAUUGAGCAAGUGCUCUGUAUAUAAUUUUACUCCCCCAAUCUACUCCUCUUUAACUCUUCUCCUAUAUUUUUUGUCCCUACCCUCCCAUGAGACUGGUCUCUUGAGGACCAACAGUGGUCUCCCUCUUGUGAGAUCAAAGGGCCUUUUAUUUGUUUUCAUUCUUGAACACUGCAAAGAAUGUUGACACUGUUAGUCACCCCUCUUCACAGUUCUCAAGGCUGCCUUCUGAUACGUAAGUGUGACUCACAGGUAUGCUGGCUCUCCUAUCCUUGGUGCCCUUUUGCCCUUGAGCCCGUCCCUGGUCUUCAAGCCCCUUCUGGCUCCAUAUUGACUUUAGAAGCUGCAGGAGUUACCUGACCGUUUCUUCUGAGAUUACAAGUUUCUGAACUUCCCAUCUACUUGAGAGGCUGAGGCAAGAGGAUCUCUUGAGGCCAGCCUGGGCAACACCCUUGUCUCUUUAAAAAAAGAGAGAUGUUUCUAUAAAACAACUGUUCAAUAUUCUUCAGACUUUUCAAGGUUAAGAAAAAGGUGAAAUUUCUCAGACUAGAGAAGUCUUGGGAGAUAGGAAACCUAAAUUCAAUGUGGUAUGGUGAACCAGAAAAAGACAUUAUUCAGACAAUUGCCAAAAUUUAAAUCAUAUUUUUAAGAGUAUUUUAUCAGGAUGGGAGUAUAUCUCAGUGCAUUGAGCACUUGCCCUGGGUUUGAUCCCUAGCACCACACAGAAAAAGACAAUUACAAAAAAAAAAAAUAUUUCACCAAUGUUAAUGUCAUAGAUUUUAAUAAUAUUAUGGCAGUUAUCAAGUUGUUUGUAUUUGGGGAAUCUGGAUGAAGAGUAUGUAGAAACUUAUGAUAUUUUUGAAAGAUUUUUAAUUCUAAAAUUAUUCUAAAUUUAAAAAGCCUAUUUCCCUGUUCUGUUAAAAAAAAUUUUUUAACUAACUUUCCUACAAUGACUGAAAAAGAGGAAAUGAUGAUGCCAAAAAUAAAAGAUAAUUUCACAGAGCAUAUUUUCCAAGAACCUAACAAAAUCCAAACUUUUUGACUUUGAGGAAGCUCAUCUGGCCCACACUGAAGGAGACCAUUUUGUUGGCACCAUCUAGUACCAGUGGGCUUGGUCUUCAUUCACCUUGGUCCCUUCCCACAGUGCCUGGCUGUGGAACCAUUCCCUGAAGUCCCACCUUUGCAUAUCCAAGUCAUGAGUCCUUUCUGAUAUCUUGUUUCUUUGUUUUUUGUUUUCUGCCAAUUUCGUCCUAAGGACUUUUUCUCUGCUCUUCACACCCCCUCCCAUGAAGCCCCAACCACAGACAGAUAGACCCUCCUCCUAAUCACUUCCUGCAUUCUGACAAUGUUAUUGGGGUUUUUUUCCAUCAUCGUAUGAACAUCAUCAAGUCUACUUAUACAAAUUAACAUGGUUAUGGUAUCAUUGUGGUAUAAGCUUAUGGAACCUCAUCAUAUAUGUAAUCCAUCGUUGCCUGAAAGGUUAUGGCAGCACAUGACCUUAAAAAUGCUCAAUAAUGCAGGGUACAGUAUUCUAUUGUUAGAUCACAUGAACCUUACAAAGUUAGCAGUCACACUUUGAGGUUUUCCAUUAAAGAUGAAAAUAAACCUGUACUAGUCCAUUUUGCAUUACUGUGAUGAAAUGCCUGAGGUAGACUACUUAGAAAGAAGUUUAUUCAGCUCAUAGUUUUAGAGGUUCAAGGACCCUGUUGGCUGCAAAACAUGUUGGGCAGCUAGGAUCUCAUAGUCACUUCCAAAAGCAUACCCCCAGUUGACCUAAGAACCUCCCACCAGGCCUCACAUCAUCCUCCAACAUUGCCAUCCUGGGGACGAAGCUCCCAACACAACUCUGGGGGACAAACCACAUCCAAAUCAUAGCACCCUCUCCUCCAAGUGGGUGCUAGGCAUUCCCUUCACCCAACCUCUGUGCUAGUUCCCCUUGAUCUCAAUUUCUGAAGAUCCUGUCUGAAGUAUUCUUGCUGAGCCACUAUGACUCAUAUCUGUACUGAUUUUUCUAUCUGACUAAUACUAGAGAUGUGAUUUCUUUAUUUUUCCCAUAUUUUUAUUGGUUCAUUAUAGAUGUACAUGAUGGUGGGAUUCAUUGUAAGGCUAAGAUUUGAAAGUGGUAUUAAUUAAAAAAAAAAAAAACCUCUAGAACCUCUACUUGUCAUCUGGAACCACCUGAAGUCUGACACUGUGCAGGGAGAUGGAUGCCACUUCUGCUUUGGAGGUGCCCAUUUAAUCUGACUUCUAUCCAGAUUGUUAAUAUUCCAAAUAGUGCUCUGGUUAAAUUUGUCAUUCAUGUGCAUAUGCAUUUUACAAAACAAAACCCAACCUGUGAAGUGCAGCAGUGAGGUUCACCAGUGAGUAUAGGGGACACACUUACCCUUGAAUACUUAGGUUCUGUGGGGGAAACUGCAUCCCUACCCCCAAUACUGCUCCCAAUGUGUAGACUGUCAGGCAGGAGGAUGGAGUUCACUUUAAGCUCUGUGUCAUCAAUCAUAGCUGCUGUCCUGUCAGGGCUAGUUAUGUGCCUCAGCAAUCCCAGAAGCAUUAUCUUCUAACACUGGGCUAAUUGUGCACAGUGUAUUGUAUUUGUCUUUUGUGUACUUACUAUUGAUACAAUUAAAGAGCAGAAAGAAGUAGAAACCAUGAUGAACAAUGAAAAAGGAAUCAGCUGAUUUUUUCAAAAACUAGAACUUCAAAAAAUAUAAGCCAUGGUCAGGAAGCUUUUAUGAUGAUGUGAUAUGAAGUUAUGGAAAAUGUAGAUAUAUAUGAAAAGAAAAUAAAAAUCACCCCAUUCUCAAAAACACCACUGUUAACAUUUCAGUAUCAUUCUUCCUUUCUCUACAUGCAUGUGUGAGUAUGUGUAAAACAGGUGAUAUUAGACCAUAGUACUGUAUGAGUCUUUUGUCAUUUAUCAUUGUAGCAUCAGUAUUUCUUCAAAUUAUUAAUGUGCUUUGAAAUUAUGUUUACUAUAACAAGAUAUCAAUAUAUUUCAAUAGUCAUGAAUCAUAUUAUAUUUUAGUAAUUAUGAGUCAACCGUAUAUUUUCUUGUAUGCCCAGUCUUAUUCUGUAAGGAAUUUAAGGUGGUAUAUCAAUUAGGAAUUAUUUUGUCUGCAAGUAACACAAAAAUAUCUAACUAAAAUAAAUAUAGUUUUUCCUCCUAACAUAAAAAAGGCUGAAAGUGGCUGGUAGAGUUGAUUCAACAACUCCACAUUGUCCCAGCAGAUGCCUUGGGGCUUUCUUGACUCUUCCCUCAAGCUUAUUGACUCAAGUUUGCAAGAUGGCUACCCAAUUCCAGGUAUCACAUAUGUACUCGAUACAGAAACAGUACAAAUAACAUCUGCCUUUUUCUUUGAAAACCAGUUUUCCAGCAGGAUUCUUAUAUCUCAGUGGGCAAAAUGCAUUUUAUAGUCACUUCUAGCCAGAAGGGAGGAUGGGGAAGCAAGGACUUCUCUUCCUAGUCACUUUAUAGGCAGACAAAGGAGAAGAGAUGACUAGGACCUGGGUUGUCAACCAUUGGGUCAGCCACAGCCAGCCACAAUGAUUUAUUUGACUGUCAUCUUUUAAGGGACAUUUCUGUUUCCAGCUCUUCCUUCUUGUAAGUAACAUUUAUAAGAAAUCAUGUACAAACAUUUAUAUAAAUAACUGGUUAUUUUCUUAGUAUUGGGCCCUACAAGUAGAAUUCAAGGUCAAAGGUAUUAUAACUUUACAUCUCUCAUACAUGUUACUAAAUUCUUUCCCAGAAAAAUCUUACCACUGUACAUUACCAUACAGAGUAUAUUGCUGGAUGCUCCCACUUAAGACAUGUUCUUAAUUGUUCAUCUCUCACAUUUAAUGAGCUGUAACCACUGCCAAAGCACAGGCAGAUCAUCCAGAUAGCAUCAUUCUUACAGGCUGCACCAGAAGGUCACAGUGCAAUUCCAGUGGCAUAUAUUUGGAUACUAUGAACACUUGGGCUGAAAAAAGCCUGGAAAGGGGGAAGCCAGAAUAGCUGAGUAACAAGACACUGUAGUAAUAAGACACUGUAGAAGUCGUCGGCUUCUCCUUCCUCUUCUGAUUUACCAAUGAAAUAAGGAGUUUGUGGCCCUGUGUUCCUUAACAGGUGCACACACACAAUGAACAUUUGGGCUGAGAUAGUUACUUGCUCUGAGGUCACUCUGAACGUUGCAGAAUAUUUUUGCCUCUCUGACUCCACAGGGAAAUGCCAGCAGCUCUGUCCAAUCUGUGACGAACAGCAAAGUCUCCUUCCUUCCUGUGUGCCACCAAUGCUGGGUGGGGAGCCCAUCAGCCCCUGGAUUGAGCACAUCAACAAACAGGUUAGCAAUCUGAAGCAAUGGGUGACUGGAGCUUUCUGGGGCGACUACUAGAGAACGCACAGGAGCACUCCACAGUCAUCGGCAAGGUUUGGCUGACGGUGCUGUUCAUCUUCAGAAUCCUGGUGCUGGGGGCCGCAGCAGAGGAGGUGUGGGGUGAUGAGCAGUCCGACUUCACCUGCAACACCCAGCAGCCCGGCUGCGAGAAUGUGUGCUACGACAGGGCCUUCCCCAUCUCGCACAUCCGCUUCUGGGUGCUGCAGAUUAUCUUCGUGUCCACGCCCACCCUCAUCUACCUGGGCCAUGUACUGCACAUUGUGCGCAUGGAAGAGAAGAAGAAAGAGAGGGAGGAGGAGCUGCUGAGGAGAGAAAACCCGCACCUUGAGCGGGGUCAGGAGUCUCUAGAUGGGGCUGGCUCUCAGGAUAAGACUGUGGUGCGUGAUGACCGAGGCAAGGUGCGCAUCGCUGGGGCGCUGCUGCGGACCUACGUCUUCAACAUCAUCUUUAAGACGCUCUUUGAGGUGGGCUUCAUCGCUGGGCAAUACUUUCUGUAUGGCUUCCAACUGCAGCCGCUCUACCGAUGUGACCGGUGGCCCUGCCCCAACAUGGUGGAUUGCUUCAUCUCCAGACCCACCGAGAAGACCAUCUUCAUCAUCUUCAUGCUAGCGGUGGCCUGUGCCUCUCUUGUACUCAACAUGCUGGAGAUUUACCACUUGGGCUGGAAAAAAUUCAAACAAGGAGUGACUGAUCAUUUCGGCCCAGACACCUCCGAAUCCAAGCUGGUGGCCGCAGAGCCAUUGCCACUCGCUUCCCGCCCACCCACUGUCACUAUUGGAUUCCCACCUUUAUACACGCAUUAUGCCUCUCCCCUGGGACAGGCAGGCGAAGCAGGGUACCCCGGAGCCCCGCCACCAGCAGCAGACUUCAAAAUGGUAGCAUUGAAUGAGUCACAAGGGAAGGGCCACCCUGCCAAGCUCUACAAUAACCAACACCUGUUGAUGACAGAGCAGAACUGGGCCAACCAAGCAGCGGAGCAUCAGACUCCGGCGCGGAAAGCCUCCUCCGCAGCGCCCAGUCCCGCAGCCCCAAGCCCCGCAGGCAGCAAUAGCCAGCGGCUCCCACCGGAGGCUGGGCAGGGGGGCACCGCACCCCAGCUGCUGGAGGACCGGAGCGGCAGCAGCUUGGAAGAGAGUGCCUUGGCUGUGACACCCGAAGAAGAGGAGCAGGCCUUGACCACCACAGCAGAGAUGCAUGAGCCUCCCUUGCUCCUUACAGACCCAGGAAGGUCCAGCAAGGCCAGCAGUGGGCGGGCCAGGCCAGGUGACUUGGCCAUCUAGCGGUGGUCUCUCCAGACAGCUUUAUAAUACAUUUUUUUCUAGAAACCAAAACCAAAGCCAAAGUUCAAAUCAGCAGGUAGAAACAGCCUGAAAAUAAGAGCGCGCUGGAGUCCCAGAAGGGAGAUGUGGAGCAGAAUCUAUCAGGUGUUCGUGUUUAAUGCUUGCUGUUCUUAACACUGAGUUAUAGUGGAGAUGAUUCCAACGUUUCUGAGUUUGUGAGGUGGGGCAAAGCUGAGGGCAGUUGUUGGCCUUUAAAGAUAUUCACAGCAGCCCAGCAGCCUGAUUGCUGUUAGGCCUCUGGGUUCCUGCUGUCUCUGUGGUUAACUGUUCUGUUGUGACAAAGCAACAGGUGUCUGCAGCCCUUCAGCUAGGGACAAUUAGGUUUUCUAUUCCUAACCUCACCAGAGCCUUUGGGCAGCCCAGCAAGUCAGACACACUUAGCUCUAUCUCUGCUUGAUACUUUUAACUUAGAGUUGAAUUUCAUUUGGGAUAUUUGCCAAACUGCACUAAAAAAAGAUUUAGAGUGAGUCCAUAUAGUGUCAUUUGAGUUUCUGAAAUUGGAUGUGAAGCCCAGGAUAUCAAACUACAAGCUUCAUGACAAGUGACAAAGAGCAGUUACCCUCCAGAGUCAGAUUCAGUGAGACAGAGCCACAGAGGUUGCUGGUAGAAGGCAGGUGGAGAUGCAGCGCCACUUGAGAAAAUUUUUCAACAGCUGAGGAAAUGGACAUGGAAGUGUGGCAGGAAUGUCUUAGGUAUUUAUUUUUUAAAUGAUAUUUUGUGCUUUGCUCUGAAUGGAACAGGUAUGCCUAUUUUCCCCCCACUUUCUAUCUUUUAGGAAAAAUAGUACUGUUAAAAUGAGUACUGACACAGAGAAUGCUAAUUUGUCCUAGUACAUACUAGUAAAGAUUUUUGAACUUCCUUUUAAAAGAAAUUCUUCAACUUCAUGAGUCAGUUAAUCAUGAUGAGAACGUAAUAUAGAAAAUAAAAGCAGGGGGGGAUUUAAGUGCAUUUCAAAUACUUGAAGUUGUGAAGUUUUUGAAUGGGAGGUUAAAAGUUAACUACUAUUGCCAGGAGAAAUAUUUAUACAGAUGAAUCAAUGAUGAUCUACACUUUUUUUUUUAAGAAAACAGUACAAAAUAAAACACUUUGAGUUUCCUAACUAUUCUUUGUGGGUAGCCUGUUUGCUUUCUAAAGUUUAAAUAAAAGUGUCUGGGUUUUA